AUGCAGUUUGUUCCCAUAGCCGCAAAACAACUGGCUUAUAAAAUCUUUGUGCUGUGUAAAUUGGCGAAAUCCGAAGAGCAGUUGGCAUUUGAGAAGCAAUGGCUGCAGGGCGGUCAUUUGUGGCUAGCUCAUCGCGGAGGCUUUACUGCCGUAGUGCGAGAAGGAGAUGCCGAAGCUGGCAGAAUCAAAGUGAGGGUGAUACAGACUGGAGAGAUUAUCACAGUCGAUGAGGAUGAUUUGGAAAAAGCGAACCCACCUCAACUGGAACGUGCUGAAGAUAUAGCGUCGCUGCGAUGUCUAAACGAGUGUGGUGCUUUGAAUCUCUUACGUUCACGCUACUCGGCCGGACUGUAUCACGCUCGUGCGGGACAUGCUAUGCUAGUGCUAGGCCCACCCAAGCGCACCACACCAGUUUAUACUGAAAAGGUGGCCGCAAUGUUCCGAGGAUGUCGUAUGGAUGAUAUGCCGCCGCAUGUCUUCGCUGCUGCUCAAUCGGCCCACAAAUGUAUGCUUGCGUCCAGGAGAGAUCGGGCAAUUGUCUUCUUGGGAAGAUCUGGUUCGGGCAAGACAACAGCGAUGAGGCAUUGCGUGUGGUACUUAGCGAGUGUGUACGCAGCACAGGGAUCCAAACUUACCCCAGAAAGACUUGGAGCUGCCUUGGAUGUUCUACACAUUUUUGGAUCCAGUCGAACGAACUCCAACACAUACGCGUCACGGUUUGUAUCGCUGACGUCUUUGGACUUUGACGGAGGCGGCGCACUUGUCUCCGCUUCAGUACAGACUCUUCUUCCUGACUUCAGACCAGAACAGGCCCAUCUCAGAGCUUUGCACAUAUUAUUCCAUGGAUGCGAUGGACGUCUUCGUCGCGAGCUCUUAUUAGACCAGGCUCCAAUUAAUGCUCCAAAUCCUUAUAUAAGUUGUAGUGAAAAGGCAGAUGCUCCAACCGAAUUCAUAGCUUUGAAGGAGGCUUUUCAAUUCUUAGGAGUCACAGAACAAGAGCAAAUGGCUGUGUGGAAGAUAUUGGCUGCUAUCUGCCAUUUGGGAUGGGCCGGGGUUGUCAAAGGCAAUACGGGUCUAAAGUACCAGUUCGCUAGUACUGGAUGUGCGACGCGGGCUAGUCGCCUCUUGGGCGUGGGAGUAGAGGAAUUGUCUCGGGCUGUGUUCGCUCCUCCCGCGCCGCCUUCCCCUCAACCUGCGCAUGCGCUGCGAACCCCAUCACCCUCCAACGAAAGAGAUUUACCAGGGUCAGAUUCAUUAGAAGCUUUCGUCACUGGACUUUAUAACGAAACAUUCAACAUUGUCGCGGCUUUGAUAAACAGGAGUAUAUCCACAUCUUGUCGUACGUCAGCGUCCAUACUAUUAGUGGACACACCUGGUGCUGAUAAUCCUCUAUGCGCCGGACAACAGAGCGGAGCACCACUGUCCAAACUACUAUCUAACUAUUUACAGGAACGUCUUCAAGCUGUGUUCCAUGAAGCCAUGCUAGUGGCGCCUCGAGAACGAUAUGCUCAGGAAGGCAUCACACUUGAUGACGGCACUGAAGAGGAUUGGCUCUCAGAAACCGUCAGCCCAGCUCCGAUGGUAGACUUACUUGAUAAAUCACCGCAAAACAGCAUCGUGCGCAGCUCGCAAGCAGAUUUGCGGGAUUGCGAUCGUCGUGGUCUGUUAUGGCUUUUGGACGAAGAGUCGAUGUACCCGAAUUCGUCAGAUGAUACAUUCCUAGAACGUGUGAUGACGCACUAUGGGCCUCCGAAUCAUACGCAAUAUCUUAUCAAAAAGGCACCGCUUGUUCGACAGUUCAGCUUACAACAUUUGCAGGGAACGAAUCCUGUAUUAUAUGACGUUACUGGUUGGGUAAAGGCAAGCCGCGAGAAUCCCGUUACUAAGAAGGCGCAUGCGUUGUUACAAGAAAGUCAAAAUGAGGAGAUAGUGCGCGUAUGGACGUGGUCGCGCGGUGCCUGUGGCACAAGCACGUGGUCAGCGGCCGUCGGCGACGCGUCUACGUUACGACGGGCGUCUUCCAUUCGACGAACGCUUACAACUGGUGCAGCGGGUAUGAAGCGUAGAUCGUACGCUUUGCAGACUAAAUUCGUAGCGGACGGCAUAGUGGAUACGCUACGACGAUGCGGAGCGGGCGGCGUACAAUUUGUAUGCUGUCUUCUUACGAACCAGCCCCGAGAGGCCGCCGAUGACGUUAAUGUACCUCUACUCAGGUCGCAGUUCCGCGGCUUCCAGCUACUUGAAGCUGCGAGGUUGUAUAAACAAGGAUUCCCGGAGCAUAUGCCACUCACAGAAUUUGCCAGACGAUACCGUCUGCUAGCGACUACCGAGGGAGAGAACACGGAGGCAACCAACCUCUCUGAAAGACAGAUCGUAGAUGACAUGCUGCUAACCCUCGAUUUGGAUGUUACCAGUUACCGCCUCGGUCUUACUCAGAGCCAGAUUCGACCUGGAGCUCGAGACUGGCAUGAGAAAGCUCAAGCACAGAUUGCAGCUGGGACAUUCAGCGACAGCAUUAUCCAAUAUCUCACUCAAAUGUCAAGCCCACAGACUAGGAAAGUGCAGAAUAGACACUCCUAA